GGUUCUUAUCAGCCCUGGCAGAGCCAGUUUCUGAUGCAUUGAGCCUCUGAAGUCCUGCCAUAGGGUGCUACAGGGCCUGGCCUCAUUGCCUCCUGCUUGCAUUUUUAGAGGGCCUGUGAAGCACCUUGUGACAUAUGGGAACAAGGCAGGGCAGUGGUGAUAGACACCGUGAAGAAGAGGCGAUGCUGGACCUCAUCAUCCUCAGCCUUCAUUUCUUCAUCUGCUUUCUCAUCUCCAUUGCAAUCUGGUGUGGACCAAAGGACGUGGAUUUGCACAGCUCAAGCACAAGAACUGAAACGGAGCCUGAUGGUCUUAUAUUCAUUGGCAAAGAAGAGGACAUAAAGAAGUCCCAAAGAAUAACAGCCAAAAUCAAUGGCAGAGAAAUUGUUGUGUUCUACCAUGAAGGGAAAUUUCAUGCUCUGGACUCUCGCUGCUACCAUGAAGGUGGCCCUUUAUACUGUGGAGAAAUAGAGGAUAUCAAUGGACAAGCAUGUAUUGUUUGUCCUUGGCAUAAGUUUAAAAUUACCUUGGAAACAGGAGAAGGAUUAUAUGAAGGAAUAAAUCCUCUGGAGUCAUCACCAACACCGAAGUGGCAGUCAAAAGGAGUCAAACAAAGGAUUCAUACAGUCACAAUAGACAAUGGAAAUGUUUAUGUGAGUCCUCCAGAUUUUUCUGUGAGUUUCGACUCUGAUUAUUUUGCUGACAAGUACAAAAAUGGUGGUGAAUUAGCCAUGGGAAACAAAGGCACUCAGAAGCUGCAGGACUAGUCAAGGCCAGACAGCAGAAUCCUGGGAAAUGCACAAAUGAAUAAUAUUUGUUGGGAAAUAGAAAUGUGCUGUGCCAUGAAGACUGUCUCCAAAUUAAAUUCCAUGUUAAUUCAAUGUUAAAGCAUUGAAAUAAUAGUAUUGAGUACGAUAAGAAGUCCUGCAUUGUCAGAAAUGUGACUGAUCUUGUGCAGAGGAUUUUUUUACACUUGCAUUUCAAAAAAGACUUAAUUACAGCAGAGUGCCUCACAAUAUUUGAUAUUUUGCUAGAACCAUUUUAAAAUUUUAGAGGGGAUGCUAUGGCUUAUAAAACUUACUACAUAGUUUAAAGUAGAUAGUAAGGUGCAAAGGUUAUCUUUAUAUACUUAACAGUUUAUAUUUCUGAUACCUGUAGUAAAAAUGACAUAGAGAUUUUUAACUUUUGAGAUAUUUGUGUGAUCUCUACACAAUUAUUAAGUGCCACAUAGGAAGGCACAGAACUUCAGCGUGCUUUGGUGCACUCUUUUAUACCUAUUUGUGCAUUACUACCUUGAAUAUAUAUAGGUAUUUUUUUUCCUUCUUCUCACUGAACCCUUCUCUUCAGUUUAUUGAGUAAUGUGGCAAGGAUUUGUUAUGUAAAGCUUGAUCUUCCUGAUUCUUUUGGUUAAAGAGGGAGAUGUUUGGUGUGGUAUGUGAACUAGUGGCCCUUGUUUGCUUGUUUUUAUUUACUGUAAAUGUAUUUUUAUACAUUCAUUUGAAAAAAAAUGUGCUUUCUGUGGAGAGGCAAAACCUGUGUUUUUCUCUGUGUGUUCACUGUACAAUAUCAUAUCUGCCCCAAAAACCCAAAAACUUCCAAGAAAGUUUCUCUCUGAGCUCUGCUGCACUCCAAGUCAUGGUGGGCUCUGCUGUUCAGCCUGUGGACUGCAGGGACACCCUGUGAACACAGAGUAUGAGAGAAUCAUUGAGGCUGGAACACACCUCUGAGACCAACAAGUCCAACUGUUAAAUCAGCACUGCCAAGCCCACCGCUAAGCCGUUUCCCCAAAUGCCACAUCUACACAUCUGUGGAGGCUUCAGAGCCAAAAGGUGUUAUCGUGUGGAGGGAGGCCUCCAGGGUUUAAGGUUUUCCCCCAUUUUAGAGCUAAUAGGAAGGGCUUCUCCCAUAGUGCUUUGCACCUCCAUUCUGUUGUACCCCAGUUUUUCUAUACCCCGGUUGCCUGUUGGCUGUCCCUCCCCUUUUUACCUUGUAUGUCCCUCUCCUAGAAAGUUCUCCCUUCCCUGUUCCUUGGUUAGUCCCAGUUUGGUGCAGUCCUCCGCCCCUGCAAUCCCGUUGGAUCCCUGUCCCUGGCCCCGCCUCUGCACCACUUAAUCCUGUUCCCAUUGGACCCUGGUUCUCAGAUCCUCCCCCUCAAGCCCCCAUAUAUUCCUGGAUCCUCCAGUACGUUCUGUCUUUGUUCCUGGACCCUUUUGGUGUGUGGUUGGAGUAAACCCCACUGGAACUCCACACAGAGACCCUUCCUGCUUCCUCGUUGGCAAGAGCUAUCUGUGGUCUGUCAAUGUGUGUGUGUGUGUGUUUGCCGCCUGCCCAGAUGCUGUCUUCUCUGGAGACGCUUUUGGGAAGGUAGUGUCACCUUACCACCUGCACAUGAUGCUACACGCAUCUUUUAAAUACACCAUCCUGCAUGGCUG